GAAUGGGUGACGCCGCCGCCUACGCGAAGCGGGUGCUGCUCACCUGCAACGGCGACGGCGACGCCGUCUCGCGGGGGGUCGCCACCAGCCUCGCCAGGCACGGCUGCAGGCUGGUUCUUGUGGGCGACGAGGGCGCCCUGGCCGCCACGGCGGAGGAGGCGCGGCGCUGUGCCGGCGGAGGAGCGGCGGCCGUCGCGGUGUUGGGUCUGGACUUCGAGGCCUGCGACGAGGCGGCGGCCGGCGCGGCGGUGGAGGCGGCGUGGCGCUGCUUCGGGGACGGCCUCGACGCCCUGGUGAACUGCUGCUCCUACGAGGGGGAAGUGCAAGAUUGCCUGAACAUAACUGAAGACGAGUACAAGAAGACCAUGAAAAUCAAUGUAACCACACCAUGGUUUCUCAUCAAGGCGAUCGCAAAGAAGUUCCGGGACGCUCAAUCCGGUGGAUCUAUUGUGUGCUUAACUCAGAUCAUCGGUGCCGAGAGAGGAUUGUACCCAGGGGCUGCGGCAUACGGCACAAGUUUAGGCGCCAUUCAUCAGAUGGUCAGAUUGUCGGCAAUGGAGCUGGGCAAGCACAAGAUCAGGGUGAACGCCGUCUGCCGUGGCCUGCACCUGCACGACAAGUUCCCGGUCUCUGUGGGGGAGGGGGAGGCCGAGAGGUCGACUGGGGAGGUGAUGCCGUUGCAGCGAUGGUUGGACCCGGAGAAGGACCUGGCGUCAACAGUGUUGUACUUGAUCAGCAACGACUCCCGCUUCAUGACGGGCACCACCAUCUACGUCGACGGGGCGCAGUCCAUCGUGCGGCCGCGCAUGCGUUCCUUCAUGUAG